AUGGUAGACAGGGAUCCAGGUACACCUACCUGGAAGUUCACACAAUGCUUUGGUGAUAAGGGCGACGUGGAAGAUAUUACAGAAGCGGACAUUAUUUCUACUGUCGAGUUCGAUCAUACCGGAAACUAUCUUGCUACAGGAGAUAAGGGUGGGAGAGUAGUAUUGUUUGAGCGGAAUGAGACGAAAAAAACAUGCGAGUAUAAAUUUCACACCGAGUUCCAGUCCCACGAGCCAGAAUUCGACUAUCUCAAAUCACUAGAGAUCGAGGAGAAGAUCAACAAGAUUAAGUGGUGCAGACGAUCAAACUCGUCUCAUUUUCUUCUCUCGACAAAUGACAAAACGAUAAAACUCUGGAAGGUGUUCGACAAGUCGUUGAAGGUCGUUGCAGAAAAUAACCUCUCGACUGAGCUUACGCCCGCAGGCGUUGGGGGUGGAGGGGCGCCUCGCGCCCCUCGUUUGUCUUUCAAGGAUCCAUCAAUGUUGAAGCUUCCCAGGAUGACACACCAUGAUACCGUUGUGGCAGCCGUGCCUCGAAGGACGUAUGCAAAUGCACACGCAUACCACAUAAACAGCAUCUCCGUCAACAGCGACGGGGAAACCUUUAUUAGUAGUGAUGACCUCCGAAUCAAUUUGUGGAACCUUAAUAUUCAAGACCAGAGCUUCAACAUUGUCGACAUUAAACCCGCAAACAUGGAGGAGCUGACGGAAGUUAUUACGGCUGCGGAAUUCCACCCGACCAGCUGCAAUUGGUUUAUGUACGCCAGCUCGAAAGGCACAAUCAAGCUUGCCGACAUGCGACAGCGGGCCCUGUGUGAUGAACACCAUAAACUUUUCGAACAAGAGGAGGAUGCCUCCUCCCGCUCAUUCUUCUCCGAGAUUAUCUCUUCGAUUUCCGACGUACGGUUUUCGCAUGAUGGUCGCUAUAUUGUGUCGAGGGACUACCUCACUGUUAAAAUCUGGGAUGUCAACAUGGAGCGCCAACCAGUGAAGACAAUUCCUAUCCACGAACAUUUGCGGCCACGCCUGUGUGACACUUAUGAGAAUGACAGUAUCUUCGAUAAGUUCGAAGUGGUCUUCUCGGGAGACGCAGAGAAUGUCAUGACUGGAAGUUACAACAACAACUUUAUGAUCUACCCUACCGAUCCUGCCAAGGAGACCGAGAUUGUGCUACAGGCGGAUAAAUCGGCGUUCAAAGCAAAGAAGGUUGGAGUGCCAACGCCGAUGAACAAGGGUGCCAAUGGCAAGAAGGGAAAUACCCGAGCUGGAAGCCCUGGUGGUCCUGGCAGCCGGAUGAAGAAGGAGACCGAUGCAGAUCAGAUCGACUUUAACAAGAAGAUCUUACACAUGAGCUGGCAUCCUUAUGAGGAUAGUAUUGCUAUUGCUGCUACUAACAAUCUUUUUGUUUUCUCUGCAUUGUAAGUACGCUACAGGAUGGUUCAUAUUCAUAAGUGGACAGGAUGUCAAUUUCGGGCAAAACAUGCAUGAAACAAAGUAUAAAACAGAAAAGAGGAUACUAGCAGCAGCAUCCGCAGUACCAAAAUUUAAGUUGCCAGUUCAGGUUCAGAUUUUCCUUCUACCCUUUUCCAUCCCUUUGCUGAAUUUUGGCCGUGCAUUGGCCGCCGCGAGCCAACCCAACCUAUCCUCUAACUCUCCACCACUUUAACGCUCUGACGAUGUGUCCGUUUCAUUCUUUCAAUUCGCAGUGGGACUUGGUGAUUCUUUGAUGAUUCAUUUGGGGGCGUUAUAAUGGGAUGUCAUAGAGAAAGACGUGGAGCCCCAACGGGCAUCCUUUCCGUUUCUUGCCCAGUUCUGUCUACCUAUUGAACAGUCAUGGGUGCAACACACUCAUCCGGUGACGAGGAGCAAAGGACCCUCGCCCUAAUCAUAUUGCCGAUCCGGCUAAUUCUGGAAUUGGCUACUGCUAGAGCAGGACAAUUUGAUGGUUUGGCUUGAAUUGGGUUCGGUGUCUAGAUACCUAGGGUUACCGAGUAGAUAAUGAAUCUAUGGGUUUUGAAACAA